GACAUGUUAUGCAGGGUCCUGCUUUUUUCCUUGGCCAAGCCUUUACCCGCCACGGUUGAGGGUAUGAUUUUUAUACCAUCCCUCCUGGUCCCUUUACCUCCAAGGUCUGUAUAAUCUUGGUUUCCUUCCAUAUUCCCCCACAUCAAUACCCUUUCCACUCCAAAGUACAGCCAACCUUUGUAGUCUUUGCUUCUUAGACGUACGCGAAAGCCAUCAUCAAAGUCGACUCAAAAGGUACCAGUCAAACAUAGCAACUAGCUCAACAUGUCUUCUCCUAACCCCUGGGGCGGAAAGAAGAACGGCAAGGAUGAUAAGAAACAAGGCGAGACACCCGAGCAGAAGGUUGAUGACCAGAAGCCCGAAGACCAGAAGCUUGGAGAUCAAAAGCCUGCAGAUCAAAAGUCCGAGGACCAGAAGCCCGUAGACACACAGGCUGAGGGCAACGAGCCCGCAGAGGCACAGGAUGACGGAAAGCCCGAGGAUGCUCAAGUAGGCGACAAGCCCGAGGACAACCCAGAGGCCACGGAAGCGCAAGAGGAAAAGCCUGACGCCAAGGCCGGCAAGUCAAAGAAAGACAAGGGCAAGAAGGUAGAGGAGCAGCCCAAGGAGGAACCCAAGGCCGAGCCAAAGAAGAACGCCAAGGACAACAAGAAGAAGGCAGUCCAGCAGGAAGAGGAGGACGACUACAGCGAGGACGACCAAGAUGAUGAUGCUUAUGACGAUGAUGAAGUCUACGAUGAUGACUACGCCGAUGAGCAGUAUGAUGAUGGCGAGCCGGCAGAGGAGGAGGAAGAGCUCGAGCCCGAGUACGACGAGGAGGAGGAGGAGGAAGACCAAGACUCCGCUCCCUCCAUGUCUCAGCCCGCCACCCCCGACGAAAAGGAGGAGCCUUGGCGCCCGGAGCAGCAGCGCAAGCAAAAGUCGAGCGACCAGAAGAAGCAGGUCGAGAAGCGCAAGAAGAAGAGCAGCGGCGGCGGCAGCUCGCGCCAGCAGUACAGCCGCGAGGAGAUGGAAGCCGAGAUGCGCCAGCAGCAGCAACAAUGGAUGAUGCAACAGCAGAUGCAGCAACAGCAGAUGCAGAAGAAGGACGACGGCGGCGGCAAGAACCCGCUCAAACUCCACUUGGAGCUGAACCUCGAGGUUGAGAUCGAGCUCAAGGCCCGUAUCCACGGUGACUUGACACUUGCCCUACUUGAUGGCAUGUAAACAACCCCCGUCUGCCAGCUCUUUUUCCUUUGUUACCUUUUUCAAAAUAAUGUUUUAUCUUUUUUUUUUGUUAUCUUGUUAGCACUACCAGAGUGCUGCGGGUAACCGGUGACGGCAGUCGAUACCAAUAUGUAUAGCAUACAAAGCAUGUGAUCCGUUUUUCCUUUGCAUGUCCAAUAAGUCUUGCCGGCGUUUGUUGUUUUUGUGUUCUUUCUUUUUUUUUUACGGCUCAAAGUUUAGCGAUUCUCCUACAAAAACAGAACAAAUCGAGAAUUAAUAUGGUGCGUCGCUACCCUCGCGAUCCCAGGCAGGGCUUGGGGCCGAUGAUGUAUAUACUAUAUAGGAACAGAUCCCGAAUCUGAAGAGAUUUU